GAACAACGUCAAGGAACGUGGUGCUCAAGGAACGUGGCGCUGUACCUCGUUGCCUUCUUUGCGCCCAACAGACCAGAUUCCGGUAAGGAAAAUUCCGCGCAAUGAAUCAUUCGCAUGCAGGUCGACGAACAGCGACUCAUUUCUAGAUCAAGCCCCGCCGCAACAUCUCACCUCGCAAUCAGGCUCUUUGUCCGACGACCACUACUUGUUCGCUUAUGAGGUCACGCUCGCGAGGUACUUGUGACUUGUGGUCAAAAGCGGUCCAGUCGUGGUGGAGCCGUUGCCUUCUCGCUCCCAUCCUGGUGUUCCAAGCCAUUUUUUGUCUCAGCCUUGUGCAAUCGGCGUUCAUGAUUCUUGGCCAGAUGGCUCUGUGGUGUAGCUGCAACAAACCCUAUCAACUGGUCCUCUCUUCUGCUGCGGAGGUGCGGCUUACGGGCUUUCCAGCAAUGUCGGGCCUUCGUGGUGUAGCAACUUUAGGGCGGAUACGGCCUUGGCGACCUCGGGAUUACCACUAGCAAGUAUUAUGGCGAUCAUAACCCUUCAAGAACACAAAACACGUCUUCACGUCUGCUAAC